AUGGCAGCUGUAUCCUUGUUGGUUUUGAUUGUUCUCUCGCAAUUUGUUCUUCUUCACUUCGCUGGCGCUGAAGAAGAAAACAGUUACCAGCAUCGCCGGGAUUGCCCAACCUUCCCUUGCGGAAAACUUGGUGAGAUUGGAUUCCCUUAUACUCCAAGGGAUCGCCCUGAGUGUGGGUUGUUUGUAGUUGGAGGUUGUGAGGGAAACAUUCAGAAGGUCCAGCUAAAACAGGGAGAGCGAUGGUAUCAAGUUGAUUCAAUCUCCCAAGCUGGCACCGUCACCAUUUAUGACGAAGUGCUCGCGAAGCAGUUAGAAACCAAGGAUUGUGAAUCCUUGAAGAAUUUGAGUUUGAGUUUUCCCAAUCUACCUUAUGUCACUUUCCAAAUCCUUUCCAAUCUAACCUUGUGCAAAUGCAAUAGCCCUUUGAAUACUAGCAAAAUGCAAGAAUUCAGUUACGCAAAAUGCAAGAAUUCCACUAUAUACUAUAGUCAACCGCAGGGAAUGCCAAAGCCACCAGACGAAGAUCAAUAUGAUCGAUUGUCGAGCCUGUGUAAUUGUCCAAUUAUUGAGCUCCCUUUUACCCAUCUUCCACCUGACAAGAAACAUAAUAGUCACUUGUUUCGCAUGUUAACUGCCAAAGUAACUGUCGGAGUUACCGUAUCCCUUGUUGCACUGUCGUUGUCUCAUAGUUUUCCCACUCCUUUUCUUGGAGCCUUGGCUUCUGGAAUCGGAGUAUGGAUUAUUUUAGCCAUAUGCUUCAGAAUAAAAUGCUCAUCAAGGGAUAGAAUGUUUUUUGUUAGGAAAAAACAAGAUCAUCAAAAAAUUGAAGCACUUUUAAAGGAAUACGGAUCCUUUGCUCCAAAAAGAUAUACUUAUUCAGACAUUAAGAAAAUGACCAACUCAUUUAGAAAAAAACUGGGACAAGGAGGCUAUGGAGGUGUGUAUAAAGGUGAGCUACUUGAUGGUCGCCUUGUGGCAGUCAAGGUAUUAGACGAAUCAAAAGGUAAUGGUGAAGAAUUCAUUAAUGAGGUGGCAAGCAUUAGCAGGACUUCUCACAUUAACAUAGUCACUCUUUUGGGCUUUUGUUUUGAGGGUAGGAAGAGGGCUUUAAUCUAUGAGUUUGUGCCGAAUGGAUCUCUGGAGAAGUUCAUAUAUCAAAACAAUCCACUGGAGGAGGAUCGCCAAUUGGAAUGGGAAACUCUAUACCAAAUUGCUCUUGGCAUAGGGAGAGGGUUAGAGUAUUUGCAUCGUGGUUGCAAUACCCGGAUUUUACAUUUCGAUAUAAAACCUCACAACAUUCUCCUAGACAAUAACUUCUGCCCAAAGAUAUCUGAUUUUGGGUUAGCUAAAUUGUGCCCUAGAAACGAGAGCAUCAUAUCAAUGACAGGUGCAAGAGGAACAGCGGGAUACAUUGCUCCAGAAGUAUUUUGUAGAGCUUUUGGAGGAGUGUCUCACAAGUCUGAUGUUUAUAGUUUCGGAAUGAUGGUAUUAGAGAUGGUUGGAGGGAGAAGGAACAUCAAUGUUGAAGCUGAUCGUACUAGUGAUAUAUAUUUUCCACGUUGGAUUUCCCAACGCCUUGAAUCGGAAGAAGAACUUAAAUUAUGGGGCAUUACGCGCGAGGAUGACAAACAACAAGCAACUAAGAUGAUACUACUGAGUUUGUGGUGCAUACAAACUGAUCCUUCGAACCGACCGCAAAUGAGUAGAGUGUUGGAGAUGUUGGAAGGAAGCCUUGAGUCCUUGAGCAUUCCACCGAAGCCCUUCCUGUCAUCUCCUCCAAGAUGA